AUGAUGCAUGAUCCAAGGGGCAUGCACUCUGAAGAUCUACACGCUUGGUCCAUAUACAGGCAAAACCUAAAUUCCGAUUUUACCGACAGUGCACUCGGUAGCACUGACAAAAGUCCUUUGCCAUAUGGAAAUUUCCAGUUACGAGACACCACAGUUCAAUCUAUUCUUUCUCACCCUCGAUAUGGACCCAAAUCAGCUCUCGGUUCCAAUAUGUACACAUACCUUAAGUUCGGCUUGCCGCGUGUGUUUCCCCCCAAUCAUAACGGCUCACAGAGAUCUGGAACGCCCAAACCGAAAACCUCUAUUGGCAGCGGCAUGAAAUCUGUGCCGAGAAUACAAAGACAAAGUCGAGGCGUACGCGAAAAUUCCUCUGGUUACGAUAGCUCGGACAAUGAAACGUCUACAAAUUAUAAAUACAGUCGGAAAUACAGAUCGGAUCCUGACUUUAGAACGCAACAAGUUCAUCCAUCCUACCAGCAAGCCACAGGAGUGCCAUUGGUUGCGAUGCAGCAAGCGGGUAUACGUAAUGAGGGUCACUGGUCUAAUUCUAGGCAUAAAUCUGUUAGUGAAGCCAAUUUACUGGGAAUCGAAUCUAGGCCCAAUCGAUCUUAUACGAACAGACGGAACAGUGUUGCGGAUUUCAUUCCUGAUAAUGAUCAUCAAAGCUACCUCAUGCCAUCAUCUCAUCUCGGCGGUCGUAUGUCCAAAGCGGGUAGUCACAUGUCAGUGGCUCAGUCUAGAAAACAUUCGACCCUACGACCUGGCGACCACUUGGAUGGAUACACACAUUCCGCUUAUAUAUAUCCCAAUUAUUACGUUAACAGUUUAGAAAUAACGUCUCCAGAUAACAAGUCGACGUUGUUAGUUUCUGGGCUUAGUUUUGAAGUGAAGUCGGGGGAAAUAUUAGCGGUGCUAGCGACUUCGCAAAAUGAGGCCACUGGCUUGUUGGACGUUUUAGCAGGAGUUAGAAAAAAAUUAGCAGGUGAUAUAGUCAUAAACGGUCAGCCAGUGGCCUCGUCCACGCUACGUAAAAUAGCCGCAUAUGUUCGCAAUGAUACUUCUUUAUGCCCUUCCAUGACUGUGGAACAUACUUUGCGUUUCCAUGCGGCGUUGAGGAGACCGAGAAAUAAUCAUAACCAAGUUAAAAUGGACGAUAGAGAUCGAAUAAAUCUGCUAAUAGAAGAACUAGGUUUAGAGCAAGUGAGAGAUACAAAUGUAGGACGAUUAACAAGAUCCGAGAUCCGUAGACUAAAUGUAGCCUGCCAGUUGUUACAGGAUAUGGCGAUAUUAAUUUUAGAUCAGCCCACUAAAGAAAUGGAUAUAUUCGAUACGUUCUUCUUGGUGGAAUAUUUAAGGAAUUGGGCAAGCACCGGCCGAGUUGUUAUAAUGUCUUUACAUCCGCCUACUUAUGAGAUAUUUGCUAUGCUCACUAAGGUUGUUUUAAUCUCCGCCGGUCGGACGAUGUUCAGCGGUUACAGAAGAGACAUGUUGCCAUAUUUUGCCUCAAUAGAUUACCCUUGUCCUGCCUUCAAGAACCCUUCUGAUUACUAUUUGGACCUGGUGACGCUGGACGACCUGUCGGCGGCGGCGCUGCUGGAGUCGUCGGGGCGCAUCGAGGCGCUGGCGGGCGUGCCGCGCGCCGCGCCCGAGCCGCCGCCGCCCGCGCCGCUGCCCGCGCCCGCCGCGCGCUGCACGCUGCCGCUGCAGAUAUUCGCGCUCACAGAAAAAACUUUGCUGUACACUCAAAUGAGCACUGUAUCGAACGUGAUCACUCGGGUGAUGAUCGCCGCGAUGAUGUCUCUCAUCACCGGGACCAUAUUUUGGGAUUUGCCCUCCACUGAUACUAAGCUAACACAAAACGACCGUAUCGGCUACCACUACGCCGUGAUGUGUCUCAGCGCGUGGCCGCUCCUACUGUGGCUGAGCGCGCGCGAGGCGAGCUCCACUCGUCGAUACGUAGAGAGGGAUAUCGCCGUCGGGCUGUAUUCUAGAACUGUAUUCAUUCUGUUUGACCAAUUCCUGGAGGUAUGGUCGGCUAUACUGACGUGGCUCGCGUACCUGGUGCCGAGCUACGCCAUGAGUGGGCUGUACGCACAGUCGCCGGGCUCGUUCGACGGGUUUUAUAUUUAUUUAGGUUACAUGCUGCUGUACCUAAUUAGCACACAAAUGUUGUGUCGAGCGUCCAUUUUCCUCAUACCAAUGGAGAAAACCGCAUCAAUAGUGUCCGGUUUGUGUCUCUUACUGACCACUCUGGUAAACGGCGUGAUGUUGCACCAACAAGACCUGCCCUCGUAUGUCAAGUGGUUGGAAUACGUUUCACCCUCCAAAUGGACCAUUCCAGAAAUAUUAAGGCGUGAAUUGAGUGAAUUAGCCUUGAAAAGCAGUAUUAACAAAGAUUUGAGAUGCACUAAUAAACAGAGGCAGCACUUAGAAAUAAUAAUACAAUCGCCGUGUCCUCCGCCAAACGGGACUCAAGUAUUAUCCAACUUUGAAUAUUUGAGAGGCGACAACUUAUGGGAAUGGACUGAAGACAGUUUUAUGAUAGCAUUAGCAAUUUUCUAUGUAGUAUUUGCUUUAAUUGGUAUGUUUGCUUUCGUAUUUGAUUGCACAAAGUACUCGAAAAGUAAAGAAAAAGCUUAUAGAAAAGGUCAUAAAGUGACAGCAAAUACGCCU